AUGGCACCCCUCGCGCGCCUGUCCGCGGCAGCCCUGGCCCUGGUCGCCGCGGCCGGGGCCAAGGUGGAGCCCGCAGGCGCGCCAGCGGACACCGCCCUGGGCGACCUGGCGAGGCUGCGCGCGGCGGUGAUCGGCUCGAAGGCGUUCACCCAGAAGGUCGACCAGGCCUGCGCGAGCGUUCGCACCCCCGAGUGUGCCGCGAAGGCAACCGACAGGCUGUUCUGCGAGCUCCUCCGCCGCUCGAGGCCGGAGGCGACGGGGGCAGCGGGGUGCGGCGGCGCGGAGGCACCCCCGUCGUUCCUGGAGGUCGGCUCUCGCGCGGCCGGCCCGGAGGACGACCUGGGCAUGACCCUCACGAGAAGGGAAAGGGAUGCCUUCUUCGCCGAGGACCGCAGGAUGGCGCUGCCUAGAGGGGCUCGCGCGGCGCCUGUGGACCUGGCGGCCCUUGUGGUUACAGCGGUCGGAGGAGCCGUGGACGGCGGCGCGCCGCGCCGCAUUGUCGCCGCCGUGGCAUGUUCCGCCGUGUCGGCCGCCGCCGGGGUGCGCCCUGGGGUGGUUGCCGACGCUGCUCUUCGCGCUUCUUCGGAGGCGCUGCGUGCGCGGCGGCGCAGGCGCCGUCAGAGGCGUGCAGGGCGGCGCGCACUGGAGCGAGGGGACGCUGCGGCGAUGGAGGAUGCAGCGGUGGCGGGUGUCCUGCCGCCAGCUGAGCCCCCCGCUGCCGCCGGCGACCCCAACAUGGACGUCGACGGAGGCUGCGACGACGACGUCGGGUUCGACGACACCUGGGCUGACAAGGCCGCGUCGGGGAGGCUGGAGCUGAACGCGGCGACGGUGGCGGUGCAGCGGCGGCAGCGCCUGCGGUUGCUGAUCCCGCGCUGGCGCUGGCGGCGAAUGGAGCAGAUGGUCGCCGUCAUGGUGGCUGCGCCGCCCGCGGAUGCUGGGGGGGGGCUUCUGCGGAGCUCGCGGCGCUCGGGCGGCUGA